UUCGAAUAUGGCUUCUUACCCCCUGCUCACGUUUUUCCUGCCUUUUCUCUUCCUUUUCAUUGCUCGCCUGUUCAAUGUUUCUGAUGCUCAACUCCUCUUUCAGGGGUUCAACUGGGAAUCAUCAAAGAACCCACAAGGAUGGUAUCGAGUUCUCAAGAACUUGGUGCCACAGAUAGCAGAAGCGGGCGUCACUCACGUAUGGCUUCCUCCACCCUCGCAGUCUGUUUCUCCUGAAGGUUACCUGCCGGGCCGAUACUACGAUCUUAAUGCAUCAAAAUACGGCAACGAAAGGGAAUUAACGGACCUCAUAAGGACAUUCCAGGCAUCAAAUAUCAAAUGCAUAGCCGACGUCGUGAUCAACCAUCGGACGGCGUCUCGGAAGGACAGGCGCGGCGUAUGGGCUGUGUUUAGUGGUGGGAAGGGCGACAGAAGCCUCAACUGGGGGCCCUGGGCCAUAUGCAAGGAUGACGUUGAGUACUCCGACGGCACCGGAAACUACGACACAGGAGAUGGCUACGGUCCGGCACCGGACAUCGACCACCUGAACCCCAGGGUGCAGAGGGAUCUCACUCAGUGGCUCGUCUGGCUCAAGACCCAAGUGGGGUUCGACGGCUGGCGGCUGGACUUCGCAAAGGGGUAUUCGACCGCCAUAACCAGAGGCUACAUACAACGGGCCACGCCGCAGUUCGUGGUGGGUGAGGUGUGGAGCUCGUUGGGCUCCGACCCAAUUCAAGGCCCCGAAGCUCACCGGAGGGAGCUGGACAACUGGGUGAAAGAAGCCGGCGGAGUGGCCACUGCAUUUGAUUUUACCACCAAAGGAGUGCUGCAGUCUGCUGUGACGGAUGAGCUAUGGCGGUUGAAGGACCCACAGGGAAGGCCCGCCGGUCUGAUCGGAAUCUCGCCAGAGAAGGCUGUGACGUUCAUAGACAACCACGAUACAGGAUCCACACAGAAAAACUGGCCUUUCCCGCCGGACAAAGUCAUGCAAGGAUACGCCUACAUUCUCACACAUCCUGGAAUCCCUUCAAUUUUCUAUGAUCAUUACUUUGACUGGGGUUUGGCUAAAGAGAUAAAGAUGCUAAGCGGGAUCAGAGCGAGGAACGAGAUCAAGCCUCAGAGCUCGGUUGAGAUACUUGCUGCAGAAAGAGAUAUCUAUGUUGCUAAGAUUGAUGGGAAGGUCAUCACAAAAAUAGGGUCAAGGUAUGAUGUUGGUGGUCUGGUGCCUCCAGGGUUCUGCUUGGCUACUUCUGGGAAGGAUUAUGCCGUAUGGGAGAAAAUAUAGGCAAAAGAGAUUUGCUACUUACGUGUUUGGAGGUUUCCAUUUCUGUUCAUGCAAGUGAGGAGACACUUCGUUCACUCAUUCAUGUAGUUGUGUUUUUUAUGAACUACUGUCAGCAUCAUUUGAAAGAUUGGAUGAGUGAGUUAGUAAAUAAAUAAAAGAA